AUGAGCGCGCUUGGGCCUGAGCGCACCGGCAUGGACCCGUCACCGACCGCUCUCUUCGACUCGUACGAGUCCGACUUCCAACAGAUUGUGUCGAGCAUCCGCGACAAGCUCGCGAACGAUGCCAACGCCGGCGGGGAGAGCGGCAAGGCCGCGCUGCGGAGGGUCGAGAUGGAGCUCGACGAGGCGGACGAGAUGGUGUCCCAGAUGGAGAUAGAGAUACAGGGUAUACCGCAGAGCAUCCGCCCGUCCUACCAGACCCGCGUCCGCACGUCGAAGCAGACGCUUGCUACGCUCAAGAAGCAGGCCAAGGACGCGCAUGUCUCUCUGGGAAGGAGCGAGCUAAUCGGGAGCCGGGGUGGAGGCCCCACUUCCGACGAUCCGUACGCGCCUACUUCUGACAGGUCCCGGUUACUGGCCGGUACGUCGCUGUUGGAGGAUGGCUCGAGGAGGUUGCAGGAAUCUCAACGCAUCGCCCUUGAAACGGAGGAGACAGGCGCCGAUAUCCUCCGCAACCUCCGCAUCCAGCGAGAACAGAUCGAGAACUCGCGCAACACGCUUCAAGCGGCCGACUCGUCAAUAGACCGCGCAAGUGGCACGCUGAAGAAGAUGAUCAGGCGGAUGUACCAACAACGCUUCAUCACCGCGGGUAUCAUCGCCGUCUUGAUCAUCCUCAUCUGCAUCAUUGUAUACGAGAAGGUCUUUGCGUAGUCCAUCUGUACUCGUCGCGGAUGAUUCGGCUGGACAAUUUGGGGGAGAUAUACGCGGGCUUGCUUAUUUGUGUUCUACGGACCCUGUAUCGAUAUGAUAAUAAUCAUCUGUUUUCUGGAGUACUGC